AUGGGCGAUGAUCACAUGAACACUCUCCAGGCAAGGCCAAAACUAGAACUUGAAGAACUGUACCAAGGAAUCCCAGAUGAGUCUGUUAACCUUACCUUUAAAGACCUAGCCAAUAUUAAUUCAUCAGACAAUUCAAACAGUACAAUUGCCACAACCACUUCUCAACAUGUUUCUCAAGCUGGUAUAAUCACCAAUAACCCCACAAAGGUACCAUCACCUUCUCUUUCCACUGUACCUAGUCUUGACUUCAGAAAGGGCUUGGAGGGAUACAAUAAUCAUCAUCAUCAUCAUCAUUUUGGCUAUAAAGGUGGUGACUCACAGUGGGGUCAUUAUAGCCAUGCAAGUGGUGGUGCAGCAAGUGCUCAAAUUAGCAGGGCCAGUGAGUACAGCAUGAGCUAUGAUGGAAUGAAGAGUGGUGAGAGUUUUGCUUCUGGGAAAGGUGGGUCUGGUCGACGAAGGAGGCCAGGGAUUCCUCACUCUAAGAUUUGCACCAUUUGCAGUAACUAUGUUUACCUUUUCAGGACUAGAUGCCUGAUAUUUCUUGAGACCAUGCAGGUUUGUGGCAGGGUUUAUUGCAAGCAGUGUGUGGAAAUAGGCAUGGGAGAAAUGACAGAAGGAAGAAAGUGUAUUGAGUGUCUUGGAUUGAGAUUUAGCCAAAGGUACAUAGAGAGAGCAGGGGUGGUAGGGUGUUGCAGUUGGAGGUAUCCAAGCACAUUGAAGCAUGUUGAGCUUUCAUGGUCUGAGAAAGGACCAAGAAAGAGAGGUGAUAGAGGGUAUGGUCAUAGCAUGGCCACCUCAAGACCUAGAACCCCUACAUCUAGAAGGACUCCUCUUUCCAUUGCCAGCACUGAAGCCUCCUUUGUCAUGUCUGCAACUCAUUGUCCUUUCUCAGCUCAUCAACACCUCCCUCUUUGA